CGAGACUGCCUAUGCCACUGUCCCUCAGAGUCCCCUUGAGAUGAAAACUUGUUACCAUAUGUCAUGUUCGAUUAUUGGUAUCCCGAAACUUAUCUGGCUUGGCUCGAGAUACUGCUGCAUUUUGAAGCCUAGAGCUUGCACUCCGAAGCCGAAGAGGUGCCUUUAUCAGGGCCAUCGGGAAAAACGGACAAUUCCUGAGAGUCGAUACGACGCAGCGGAGCAAAAGGUUAUUUUAGAAAAUACCAGAACAGACACUUCGUUGUCAGGGAUCGCGAGUUUGUCUGAGGUACGCGUUGUAGAGUCAAGGUAGAGCAUAAAAUUCUCUAAGCAACUGUUUGAUAAGGAAGGCUUUGGUCCUCUUGGAAUCUAUGCACACCGCGAGGGUGUUAUCACCCAGUAUUCAAGUACCGGUGAAGCCGAACUAUGCACAGGACGAACACUUAGUCUUAAAAAAGAUUGUGACACUAGCGUGUGCACUAUCUCUGCGCUGGCCAUCCGCAGGAUUCAAUCAAUCGUUCCUGUGGCCGGACCUCAGGAUCUCAUAUGUGGUGCUAUCUAUUUUCAGGCUAUCAGAAUGAUCAGCAUUCUGCAGGGAAAGAACCCAAUUUGCAACGAAGAUGUAAAUACAAACGGUCUCCAGAUCUAUCCCGGUGUCAGGUAUGGCUUCUGUAAUGCCUCGAGCUACUCCGCAGAAGAUGACAGUGAAAUCCCCGGAGACGUAGUGAUGGUCUUUCGUUCGUUAGCGACGUAUGCAUAUACGCUCUUCCUAUUCACCAAGUCAGAUGUCAAGGCGAUAUUGAUACCGAUAAUUUGCUUUGCCGUAGCAGCCGCACCUGAUCUGCAGAUUGGCAACAUUCCUCACUCGGUCUGUUGGCUGUGGCUUCACCUGCUUCAGUUUGACGUUUCCAACCAAACUCUGAGUGAAGAGGAAGACAAGGAGAAUAAAAAUGAUCGCCCUUUACCGGCCGGCAGGAUGACACUUCGUGGUGCCCUAAUUCUGAGAUGGGUCCUCGUACCGCUUUGCUGGUCAUAUUCAUUAUUUUUCAGCAUUAAGACAUUCUACGCCAGUCUUUCGGUCGUUGCUCUGACUUACAUCUAUGAUGAAAUGGGGGGUCAUUCCGGACACUGGAUUGUUCGUAAUGCAUUGAAUGCCCUUGGCUUCGCCUCCUUCGAAGUAGGUGCCACUCUUGUAGCAGCUCGCAACCGAAGCGCUCUGGACGAUAUUGCCAUCCUUGCCAUCUACUGCAGCGCGGGUGUGGUAGCUACCACUGUGCACACCCAAGACUUCAAGGAUGUGAAAGGGGAUCAGGCCAUAGGUCGUCGAACACUUCCAAUUAUACAUCCAGGAUUCGCUCGCCUCGCAAUACCCGUCUUGCUGUUACCAUGGUCGAUUGGUCUUGGUUACAGAUGGAAUUUACAUCCAACGAUUGCUAUCGCAUUCACGUCGCUUGGCGCCGUGACGUCCUAUCGUUUCUUCGUUUUCCGGUCCAUUUCACAAGAUCGAAUCUCUUUCUGGUAUUACAUUAUAUGGCUAUCUAUCGCUCAUCUCCUCCCUGGGUAUUACAGGUAUUACGGAUGCUACCAUAUUUGAUUCAAUAUGUAGGCCCGACCCUUGGGGUGGGAAGCACUGGCAGUCAUCCUGUUUCUUACAUUUUAAUACUUUAGAUUGGCAACCACGAUAGAAGUCUGUAUGUUGGAAAGACAAAUCAUCCGAUUUUGCCCUCUUUUGAUGCAGGAACAGCGGUGCCUUCACCUCGCUAUCGGCCAGUGUACUGAAGCAUCGCCGACGAUUCGCAAUGUGAAUUCAAGACGAAGAGAAGUAUUUCGCUGUUCAAUAGAAUCCGCCGAUUUAUCGCACGUCUACAGAAAGGUACUUUACCUUAUCGGUUCUCUUUUCUUUCAGAGUACUCGUGAGAAUACAGGCCACCUUUCACCGCGAGGAGAUUACACUCAAGGCACGAUGGCUAAGGAUACCCUCCUUGAUACAUGGCUUACCGCCCUGGAUCUUCUGUAACAAAGAUAUACUUAAUUGGAUGAGUGCAAAUC